ACGAGUGUGCACUUCGUUCCGCCGGGCUGCACUGGGAUAGCGCAACCGCUUGACGUCGGAGUGAUGUCCCUACUCAAGACGCAUCAACGCCAGUCCUGUACCCAAGCCGCGGUACUACACGCGAUGCCAGAAAACUCGGUCGAGCGCCGCCGCUACAUGUUCGACCACGCCAUGCAAGCUAUGGGCAAGAUUAUGCAGGACACAGUGCAGCACUCUUUCGACAAGGCCGGC